AUGCGACGUUUCAUCGUUUUUCUUUUUGCUUUCACAUCGAUCAUUUCGACCGGAAAUGUUGUGGCUAAACUCGGCGCAACCGGAGGGGUCAGUUAAACUUCAUCUCCCGCUUCUAUUGUUCCCUUUUCAGAAUCGAACUGUUCCUGAUGGUGCUGCGGACUUUGCCGGUGCGGAAAUCCUUUCUACAAAUCCCGAAGAAAUGCAGGAAAUGCGGAAGCUGCAGCCAAAGUUCCAGUUGAUGAACUGA